AUGGUCGCUUCAGUGAGUGGCACCCCGAGGGAUCCGCCAACUGAAACCUUCAACCCGGCCAACCCUACCUCAAUCACCCCUGGCAUAUCAGAUUUCGCUGCCUUUAAGGAUGCCAUCCAGCAAGGAAACAUCGAGGCUGUUCGGGCCCUCGUUGAGAAAGGCGCUGACGUCAACAGCUGGCUACCAGGGGAAGGCACCGUCCUACAAAUUGCUCUUGAAGUGGCAGAGCCUCAAAUCGAGUGCAUUCGCAUGCUUCUAGACAAUGGCGCGAAUAUUUACAACAAGGGGGAUACCUUUGGAAACGCACUGACCAGAGCCGUGGACAAUGGCCUUGACGACGUGUUGGACCUCAUGGUACAGGGAGGAUACGUGCGGAACGAGGCUGAACUGCCACCAGAUCAGCGCCUUGAAAAUGACAUGACGAUUCUCCACGUUGCGGUCUGCUGCAGAAAUCGACGGGCCUUGAAACGCCUACUUGAAUCACCUGCGAAGGAGAUGACUGAUCACCAAGACACCUGGCGCCGAACUCCUCUGCAUUACGCAACCCAGACUUACAGUGAAGCCUUGCAUUGGGCCCAAGUUAGCGUUGAUGUAAACGCAAAGUGGUACCCUACUCCCGGAAGUACCGAAUGCGAGAUUGCCCAAGUCCUUGUAGACAACGGGGCCAGGGGCGACAUUCCUGACGUCUGGGGGGGCUCCACCGCCCUGCAGAACGCUUUUCAGAACUUCACCACUUAUGAUGUGGCCAAUAUAGUAUUUCCAGCGACCUUAGUGGACAUGUCGCGAUGGGCAGAGACGGUGAGAUAUGUAUUGGAGAGGCCCGAGAUGCAUAUCCUCUACAAUGAGACAGGCGGAAGCUUGAUCACGACCAGCGAGCUGGAGGCUUCGGAGACAUCCGAAUUAACCUUCAACCACUUUUUGCUUUUUCAGGUGCUCCCAAGACGAGAGCUAAAUUUCAACAAAACGAGCCUAUUGUAA